AUGAUAACAGGAGUGCCAAAGAAUGUUAGAUUGUAUUCAACGAAGAAUAAUCCAGGAAUCAGAAUCACGUUCAAGGGAGCAUUGGCAAACAUCGCAAUCUGCGGAUUGGUAGGAGGAGGAGUGUACUACGCAUUCAACAGAAAGAAGAAUCAACAACUUGCGAUUGUAAAGGAGGAGAGGUAUGGAACGCCGCAACUGGGAGGAAGCUAUAAGCUGGUGGACCAGAACGGCGUAACAAGAUCCUCGGAGGAGUUCAAGGGAAAAUACCAGCUAAUAUACUUUGGAUUUUGCAACUGCCCUGAUAUAUGCCCAGAAGAAAUGGAUAAACAAACGCAAGUUGUUAGUCAACUGGAUAAGCAAUUCGGGCCAGUGGUACAACCAAUAUUCAUAUCAGUUGACCCGAAAAGAGACACACCACAGCUGUUGAAAAAGUACGUAAAGGAGUACCAUCCAAGACUAGUGGCGCUGACAGGAACACCAGAGGUGAUAAAAAACGUUACCAGAAAGUUCCGAGUAUACUACAACGAGGGCAUAAAGGCAACGGAACAGGACUACCUGGUGGACCACUCAAUAAUACACUACCUAAUGGAUAAGGAUGGAACGUUUUUGGAAUUCUAUGGAAAGAAUAUCAACGCACAGGAAAUGGUUAAAUCAAUAUCGAAAAUAGUUAAAAAUAAAUAA